UUUGGCUGGAAGCGCUCGGCGGAGUUUCAGAGAAAGUCUGGGCUGUAACCGGAGCCGGCCCGAACGUGGGAAGGGGAGGAGGAAAGGAAGAGGGAACGGGGAGGCCGGGAGAGGGAAGGAUCGGGACCGGGGGACGGGCCGUUCUGAACCUGCCGCGCGCCCCGCGGUGGGGGAGGCGGCGCGGGAGGAGCGUGAGGGGACGGGACAGUGGGGUCCGUCCCCGGAGCCGAGCAGCCGAGUACCUCGUUCCUCCGCCGCUCCCCGCCCUCUCCGGCGGUGGCGAGAACGGACCCACCCUCCGGCGGGACCUGCGCCCUGUCCUGCGCCCGCCGCCCAGCGACGCCCCGCGCUUCGCCGCCACCCGGGCGGCUCCUUGCGUGGCCCAGGACCUGCCCUGCGCCCGCACGAAACCCUCGCGGCUUCCCUGUUUUCCUCUGUGCGCCCCCCGCGCCGCGGGGAAGUGACCCACCCUCUCCAGAGGAGCGGGAAAGAGAGGAUCUCGCCGGGCGCAUCGAAGCCGAGAGGGGCGAGCCAGAGUGGGCGCCACGCGGGGGCAUUGUGUGUGUGUGUGUGUGUGUGUGUGUGUGUGUGUGUGCGCGCGCGUGCAACGUAGUGUCUGUUUCGGAAAGAGCUCUGGGGAGGUCCUGUUCCUAGGGGGCGGAGCGCAGGGGACCGAGGCUCGGCUCUGUGUCGGGGCACAGUGCCGCUGAGCCUGAGCGCUGCUGAAGCGGCCGGCGGGACGGCGCGCGUGGCGGCUAGGCGGGCGCACUGAAAGGAGGCCGGGGCGCCCUCGGCUCGGCGGCGACCCCUGCCCGGAGGUGCCGGCCUUGGCGGUUCUACCCGCUUCUGUUCACAUCUGCGGACCCGCGCGGGAGACACUCGGACACUCAGAGCCAGCGUGCGGCGGAGCGUCCCGUCUGCCCCGGCUGCGCCUCAGAAGAGCGAGGUCCUCGCCACCGCGCCGGCGGCAGGCGUCGGCUUUGUCGGGAGCGCGCCCGCCCGCCUCUCAGCUGCCCGGCCGGGAGCCGGAGAGGCGCGCACCAUGAGCGGCGGCGAAGUGGUCUGCUCGGGAUGGCUCCGCAAGUCCCCCCCGGAGAAGAAGUUGAAACGUUAUGCAUGGAAGAGGAGAUGGUUUGUGUUACGCAGUGGUCGCUUAACUGGAGAUCCAGAUGUCUUGGAGUAUUACAAAAAUGAUCAUGCCAAGAAGCCUAUCCGUAUUAUUGAUUUAAAUUUAUGUCAGCAAGUUGAUGCUGGAUUGACAUUUAACAAAAAAGAGUUUGAAAACAGCUACAUUUUUGAUAUCAACACCAUUGACCGAAUUUUCUACUUGGUAGCAGACAGUGAGGAAGAGAUGAAUAAGUGGGUUCGUUGCAUUUGUGACAUCUGUGGGUUUAAUCCUACGGAGGAAGAUCUUGUGAAGCCCCCUGGCAACUCUGCCCAGGCGCCAGCCGAUUUACCUUUGGCGAUCAACACAGCACCGCCGUCCACCCAGGUAGAUUCAUCCUCCGCUGCUCCACCUCCUCCCUAUCAGCUAAUUAAUCUUCCAUCACACCUGGAAACUGUUGGCAUCCAGGAGGAUCCUCAAGACUACCUCUUGCUAAUCAACUGUCAAAGCAAGAAGCCUGAACCCACCAGCCAAGGGUCAUCUUUUGUUUCUGAAGAAGGAGAGGAAUACCUACUACUAGAAGAUUUUGAAAGCAAAACGAUUCCGUUGCAAACACAUGCUGAUUCUGCAAAAUCCACCUCUUCUGAAACAGACUGCAAUGAUAACGUCCCUUCUCAUAAAAAUCCUGCUUCCUCCCAGAGCAAACAUGGAGUGAAUGGCUUUUUUCAGCAGCAAAUGAUGUAUGACUCUCCACCGUCUCGUGCUGCAUCUGUUUCUGUAGACUCCAGCCUUUAUAACCUGCCCAGAAGUUACUCCCACGAUGUUUUACCAAAGGUGUCUCCAUCAAGUACCGAGGCAGAUGGAGAACUCUAUGUUUUUAAUACCCCAUCUGGGACAUCAAGUGUAGAGACUCAAAUGAGGCAUGUAUCUAUUAGUUAUGACAUUCCUCCAACACCUGGUAAUACUUAUCAGAUUCCACGAACAUUUCCAGAAGGAACUUUGGGACAGACGUCAAAGCUAGACACUAUUCCAGAUAUUCCUCCACCUCGGCCACCGAAACCACAUCCGGCUCAUGACCGAUCGCCUGUGGAAACGUGUAGUAUCACACGCACGGCCUCAGAUACUGACAGUAGUUACUGUAUCCCUACAGCAGGGAUGCCACCAUCACGUAGUAAUACCAUUUCCACUGUGGAUUUGAACAAAUUGCGAAAAGAUGCUAGUUCUCAAGACUGCUAUGAUAUUCCACGAACAUUUCCAAGUGACAGAUCUAGUUCACUUGAAGGCUUCCAUAACCACUUUAAAAUCAAAAAUAUAUUGACAGUGGGAAGUGUAUCAAGUGAAGAACUGGAUGAAAAUUAUGUCCCAAUGAAUCCCAAUUCUCCUCCACGACAACAUUCCAGCAGUUUUACGGAACCAAUUCAGGAAGCAAAUUAUGUGCCAAUGACUCCGGGAACAUUUGAUUUUUCUUCGUUUGGAAUGCAAGUUCCUCCUCCAGCUCAUAUGGGCUUCCGGUCCAGCCCAAAGACCCCUCCCCGAAGGCCAGUUCCUGUUGCAGACUGUGAACCACCCCCCGUGGAUAGGAACCUCAAGCCCGACAGAAAAGGUCAAAGUCCUAAAAUUUUAAGACCCAAACCCCCUGGUUUAGAGCGAACUGAUUCACAAACCAUAGGUGACUUUGCUACAAGAAGAAAGGCCAAGCCAGCACCUUUAGAAAUAAAACCUUUGCCAGAAUGGGAAGAACUGCAAGCCCCAGUUAGAUCUCCCAUCACUAGGAGUUUUGCUCGAGAUUCCUCUAGAUUUCCCUUGUCUCCCCGACCGGAUUCCGUGCAUAGCACAACUUCAAGCAGUGACUCACACGACAGUGAAGAGAAUUAUGUUCCCAUGAACCCAAACCUAUCCAGCGAAGACUCAAAUCUUUUUGGCAGUAACAGCCUUGAUGGGAGAAGCAGUCCUAUGGUCAAGCCCAAAGGAGACAAGCAAGUAGAAUACCUAGAUCUGGAUUUAGAUUCUGGGAAAUCCACACCACCACGUAAGCAAAAGAGCAGUGGCUCAGGCAGCAGUGUAGCUGAUGAGAGAGUAGAUUAUGUUGUGGUUGACCAACAGAAGACUCUGGCUCUAAAGAGCACUCGGGAAGCCUGGACAGAUGGGAGACAGUCCACAGAAUCUGAAACACCAGCCAAGAAUGUGAAAUGAAAAUAUUGCUUCGCUGUUUCUGAAUAACGAGAACUGAAUUGUAAACAUAAAUCCUGUUUGAGAUGACCUGACACUUCUAUUCUAGGUAGAUCCUCAACUGAGUAGAAUUGAAGUCAGAGGACUUUUCACACAUAAUCAAGCAAUUUAGACUGUAAAUGGUGCUUUGUGGUAUCUCAACAAUCCAUAACAUGUAAAUAAUGUGGGAAAAUACUAUUGUUUAGCUCCCAGAGAAACAUUUGUUCCAUAGUUAACACACUUGUAGUAUUACUGUAUUUAUGCACUUUUUCAUUUAAAACGUUGGUUUGGGUAUUCCCAAAUGUUCCUUAACAUAAUUCCUUUGGGAGUUCUUGUUUUUCCUCACACUACUCUAUAUAACAAUACUAAGUUAACUAAGCUACUUUUAGAUUUGGAAAUUGCUCUUUAAACUGCACUCUAACAACAUUAAAAUGAGAAGUAGAUUUACAAUUUACCUGUCUACCUGAAACAUCAGGUGAUAGCCAUUAGCCUAAACUACACAAUAUAGACGGGCUCCUCAUUCACUGCGUUCCAAAGUGCUGAGGGUAAUAUAUGUACUGGUGUCAGGAGCUAAUUCUCUGGUUCAUGUACAUUUAGUUUUCAGUGGUGGAACUUUAUUAUAUUUUGUUAAUUACAGUGUUUUUGGUUCAUUGAGUGAAGAUUCUGCCAGGUGGGAUCUUGCACCUUGGGAAGACUGAAUAAUUACACUAUCAAGUAAGCCUAUAGAUCACUUACCGGCAUGCAGUGAUGAUGUGCUCUCACUUGUUAACAUGUAUUAAACUUUACAUUAUUUGCAAAGAUAGAUUAUAUAACCAGGUACGUACCAGGCACUGAUGUGCUAAUACACUGAUCAGGUUUAGACAAUGAGCUUUAGUUGUGUUCUUGUUAGUCCUAAUAUUGGUUUCCAAUUUGGACUUAAGGAAACAUUCACUGUUAGUUAUAGCAACAUACUGUGAUUUUUUUUAAUUAGACAGUAAUUCAGAUUUAUUACUCUAAGAAUGAAAUUCUAUCUUUUGACACCAUAGUGCCCUUUCUAUGAUUUUUUUUAACUUUACUUAAUAUUCUUCUUGGCCUUAUAUUUAAAUCCCUAUGCAAUUAAUAUUUUAUAUCUACAUUUUUUUAAAAAAAUAGAUGUUCUAUAAGUGAUUCUUGUAUGUAGCACCAGUUGCUUUUCCAGUAAAAGAAUUAAGGAUUUUGUACUGUGAUUUAUAUUCACUGCCCUAAUUUGAGAAAUUCUGGAGUAUUGUUAUAAUGUGAAAUCUUAGAGUCAUGAACCUCUUCCAACCAGAUGUCUGAAAUCACCAGAGGAAUUAUAUAAUUCUGUCUCACCUGUAAUACGGUCCUGUGAUACGGAUAUCAAAACCACAAAUUAUAUAUAGUGAGACUACAGUUGUAUUUAUCUGUUUUGGCUUUGCAGUGUAAUUUAGAAAGCAGGUAUAAUUUGUUUGUUUGCUUGUUUUUUUAACUAAGUUACAAACAAUCUCUUAUGUAUUGAUUUGGGACUUACUAACAGUUUUUGGAGGAGGCAGAGAUAAGAGUACCCACAGCUGAGGCAUGACUCCCUCCAUUCAGACCUCUAACUGUUGCCUGAACACACAGAUGUGCCCUGAUUUCUGGUCUUUUGGCCAUAGUACUGUGCCUAAUCAAUGUAAUGGGUUUAUUUCCCCAAUCCACGAACUAAAAUUGUUCAUAACAAGAUGAAUUGUAGACUAGUAACAUUUGAUGCUUUUAAAUGUUUGCUUCUUUUUAAACAAAAACUAAAACUCAGAAGUGAAUUUUCAGAUGGAUUUUUAAAUAAAAAAAGAUUGUUUGAAUUUGGUGUGCACAAGCUGUUUUGUAGUGAAACCACAAAAUAAAAUCCAAAGUUACUGAAAUGUGCCUAAACCAUUAAAACACACAACACAGUUGAUGUGUGAAGAUGCUAAAUUGUGUUAUGUGGAAGAUGAAUGUAUUUUCAGAAUUAUAACACAAUAAGUAUAUUAUUAAUUCAAAAAUGGAAUCUUAUCAGAAGAGUUCUAAGGCAAAUAGACUUUUAGUGCAGUUUUUCAAUUUUUUACAAGUUAUCCUUUUUGAAGACCUGCAGCAUUCUAAUUGGUCGAAGUUUUUCCCAUUGUGCAGAGUAAUCUAAUAACUGAAAUGUGUUAGUUUUAGCAAAUGGAAUCACAUUAUACAUCGUAUUAACAGAUUAAAAGAUAGUUUCUUACGGAGCAUUAUUUUCCAAACAUCUGUUGAAUAAAAUUUUGUGUAACCCCAACACAUAAAGCCUGAAAAGUUCGUUUUGUCAGUAUAAAUAUUUUGGGUUCACAUUUAAGUUUAUUUUAGUCCAUUACUAGGAAUAGAAUUUGUGAAUAACACAAAUGUGUAAUUGGCAUUAUAGAGUUGGUAGAAAACCUCAGCAGCCCAUUUAUUUUUAUAUCUUAUUUUAUUUGCAUACUAUGAAGAAAAUUUGGGUUCACACAAACAUAAGUAAGUGUAAAUAAUAGCAGGUUUUAAACACACAUCUCAGGAGGUUCUUUAAUUAGAGAUAGCUGAAGUUAUAUUCCAAGGUUUAAAAAAAAUAAAUUAUUCUGGUAGUAGAAGUUAAUACAUAAGCAUUCUCCAGUAUGGUUUAAAAAAAAGGGGGGGGGAUAUUUAACACAUUAGAAUGUGCAUUUUUAGUAAGUUUUCAAAACUUAAUUUGAUUCAAACCUUUUGAAAACCCUAAUCACCUCCAAGAAGCUGAGUUUUGGCCCAGUGAGGGUUGAAAGCCACUGGUUAAUCAUGUGACAAAAGUCAGAAGUCUUUUUCUCCCACAUGUUUGAUGUUCUUACUUUCUAUUCCUUAUUUUGAAAAACUGUAAAAUCUUAUGAAGGUUUGAAUACCAAAGCACAGUUCUGCUUUCAAGAAUUGAAAUUUAAACUUGAAUAAUUUAAGCUACUUAAGCCACAAAAGGUAUCACUUAGUAAGCUAUAAAAGAUGAUUUUAAUCUACACUCUAGUUUAUACAGUUUCAUCUUUAUUUUCAUCAAUACCAUAUAAGCUACUGUGAGCAUUUUAGAGAAUUCCAUAAAGGUACUAUGAAUGUGUGUGUGUGUGUGUGUGUGUGUGUGUGUGUGUGUGUGUAGCAUUGUAUUUAAUCCUAGACUAAAUUUGAUACAGAAAUACUGCUAUACUUGCAUCUUAAGGUCAUGCAUCAAUUUCUUCUGGACUCUUUGUAUUUAAUUAAUGGGGGUCACAAUCUUCGUAUUCAUAAAUGCAUUUAAACUGGAAAUUGAACACCAGUGUUUGUCUUUCUUUUUCUACUAGUAGGAAGUUGUCUGCUUACCCCCUUUAGUGAAAACGGUAUUUUUGAUGUUUUUUAAAAUGUUAGCUACUUUAUGCCUGUACUAUAGACACUGAUCAUAAUUCUUGGAUGCUUUCAAACACUCUUAGUGCCUCUUUCUUUGGCCCAUUGAAAGUACUGGUUAGUAGUAUUUUGAAUGAAUACAAAGCCAGUAAAGUUAUAGAGACAACGAGGUGAGCCUGUCCUUCCUAAUCCUGUCCUGGGUCAUUCCCGUAGGUCUUGUCCUUUAUUGUCAGAUAAGCAAUCAGCUCCAUAGCAGGGAUUGUACAUAUGACCAAAUCAAGUGAUUACAGGGAGAGAGACUUCUAUCCUAGGGUAAGACUUAUUGUCAGUAACAUCUGAUAUGUUAUAUGUAAAUCUGUAUGUAAUUUAAAAUACAGCUCUUAGAUGAAAAGCCAUGGUGUAUAUAAAUAAUGUAGACAUUAUGGACUUGAUAAGAUGAAAAGUUGAUUGUUGGUUUGUGGAGAUAAUUGGUUUUUACUCCGACUAAAUAUGUUUAUUACUACAACUUGAAAUAAUUUAGUUUGUCUUCUCUUCCAUAGACGUAACUUUCUUUCGGUUCAUUAUAAUGUCUGUUAUGAGUCUCAACAAACUGUUUAGUCAGCGGAUUAACGUAGCUUCUACUUUCUUAACAUAGAAAGACAUGGACUUGUGUGAGUUGUUGUAAUCUGAAUCAAUUGUUGAUAAUCAUCCCAAAUUUCAACAGCAAAAUCUUAUGUAUAAGUUUAUUUUUCCCUCUUGCACAACUUCUUUUGUAAAGAUCCAAUUGUAGAUAUUUUCUGCUACCAAAUAAAACUUUUCAAACA